AUGGCGCUUUCUAACUUGGAAGAUUAUCAACAACCCGGGGGCAAGGGCACUAACCACGUAGUAGAUGAAAGAUUCGAGGUAUUGCUAAAGGAAGGAGCCAAUACUCCGGCGGACAGUGAUGUUGAGACUCUUAAACUGCCCGACUAUUUCGACCCAAAAAUGUUUCGUCUUGGGCAACUAAUUUUCCAAAAUAAUAUCUUUACGAUGAUGAUUGCUAAACUCUCUGGACUUCUCACUCUACUUGCAGUACCUUCAAUUCUUGACAUUCUCAUCUUCACCAAGCAGAGCGGCACACCCUGUACGGCAUUUCGUAGAUACGUAUCUACAAUACUUCAUACCUUUGUUUGGUAUGAUAAGGAUCCCCUUAAGCAAGCCGAAUUUUUUAAGUCACUACAUAACGUCCGCAAGAAACACUGUAUUAUAUCGCAACGUAGUUCUCAGGCCGGGUUGCGUAGAAUAUCCCAACUAGACAUGGCUCUUACGCAGUUCGGGUUUGUCGGUUUCACCCUCCUUAGUGGUGAUCAACUUGGUGUCGUCGCAACUAUCGAUGAGCUCAAUGGAUUGGUACAUUUCUGGCGGGUGAUUGGUUAUGUGUUGGGAAUGGAAGACAAAUAUAAUUUGUGUAAUGGAAGCAGUAUAGAGUGUCAAGCCCUUUGUAGGCGACUUCUUGAUGAUGUCUUUCUGCCUUAUUUUUCAACAAAGAAUAAAAAAUUCGACUUAAUGGGCCGCAUACUUAUAGAGGGUCUCUGGCCAGUAAAUCCUUACUUAGAUCCAAAAGCUUUUACUGCAUUCACUUUUCAUCUUGCAGUUUCAUCGGCAACUAACAAUAAUCAUUCUGUUGUCAUCGACACGUCGACAAUGUCUUCAUACAGCAGAUUUAUAUUAAAUCUGCAACUAUUGGUACAUAAAUAUCUUAUGCCACCUACGUAUUGGUGGUCAAAGUAUUGCAGAACGUUUUUCAAUGCUCUAAUGAGACUGUCAAUUUUCCUCACAGAGAAUUUUCCUUUGUUGGCUUAUAGAGUCUUCACAGAAAGAAAAUCGCACAUUAAUAUUUACAAAUUCCAUUAUGAAUGAUUUCUAAUACAUGUA